AAGAAUGCUUAUAAGUCCCCUGUUGUGCUUGGUGAAGCCGAGUAUACCACACCAUUGAAGUCACCAACUCAGCACAGGCUCCCGAAAAAACAAUGCGCAGCCUACUGGUAGUUCUCUCGUGCUUAGCUAGCCAUCUGGGCUCUGUGGCUGCCGCAUCCUUGGAUGAUGUUUGUACGGUCGGCUACUGUACUCUGGGCGCCGGUACUUCCGGAGGCAAAGGUGGGGAGACGGUCAUCGUGUCAACCCUUGCGGACCUAGAAAGCGCGGUUGCCGGGAACGAUCCUCGCAUUGUCGUCGUCUCGGGUACCAUUUCUGGGGCAAAGAAAGUGUUUGUUGGAAGCAACAAAUCGAUCAUAGGUCGCGGCGGCACAAUCGUUGGCGUUGGCCUCUCGGUUAUAAAUGCGACCAACGUCAUCAUCCGCAACACAGUGCACCAGAAAGUCGAAGCGACGUUCGAAGACAUGAUUACAAUCAAGUACUCGACGAACGUUUGGAUCGACCAUCUAGACUUGAGCAACGACAGAGACCAUGACAAAGACUUUUAUGACGGACUCCUCGACGUUACUAGAGCCUCGGACUUCGUAACCAUCUCCAACACUUACAUGCACGACCACUGGAAGGGCUCUCUAGUCGGCCACUCCGACAACAACCAGGCCGAAGAUACUGGCCGCCUGCAUGUGACGUACGCCAACAACCACUUCUUCAACCUCUACAGCCGUGGCCCCAGUUACCGUAUCGGCACUGGCCAUCUUUUCAAUAACUAUUGGAACCAAGUGGAAGAUGGGAUCCGUACGCGCGUUGGUGCUCAGCUGCUCGUUGAGUCGUGCGUAUUCGAGGACUCAAAGGACUGCGUCAUCGCAAAGGGCGGGUAUGCCGUCGUGAGAGAUGUUGAUUUGGGCACUGGCACAAAUGAGGCACCGGCUGGCACGCUGACGGAAGUGCCAUACGAAUAUACGCUGCUCGGAUCUGCAAACGUUAAGGCGGCCGUCGUGGGUGUUGCUGGUGCGACCUUGGAGUUGUGAGUACCUAAACUUGUGAGUGGU